CGCUAUGAGGAUGCUGCUAGGAUCUGGCUGGUGAACCAGCUUGGUGCCACCCUCUUUGCCAGCAAGAGUGGUGGUUACCACACUACUGUCUACUGGAUCGGGAUGCUUGAGGACCUCGGUCGCGUGUCGGAGUACGCGUGGGGUGCGAUUGCGCUGGCUUCGUUGUACGAACAGCUGAGUCGUGCAUCCCGCAGGAAGACAGCGCAGAUCGGUGGGUUCACCUCCCUCGUGCUGUCAUGGGCGUAUGAGUACAUAUCCAGCAGCGUCAUUAUCAGGACGGAGGUCCCCGGCUACACACAGGACCAGCCUAGGGCGCAGCGGUGGUCCACGUCUCGGAUCGCGCAUUCCGGACUCGAUGAGAGACGAGUCAUGCUCGAUGAGCUUACAGUGGAUGAUAUCAUAUGGACCCCUUUUGAGGACCAUCGAGAUGUUCGACCGCGGGAUCCCAGGGCCCUCUAUUCCGGCUACAUCCGGACACCUUACGGUCGGUCUGUGAGCCGACAUCUACCAGAGCGGGUUAUGCGCCAGUUUGGCUUCAUACAGGACAUCCCUCGACACCCCUCUGAGAUCCAGACGACGGGGUCCCUUGCUGAGACCACAGAUGCUGCCUAUGCUGAGCUUGAGCCGCACCUCCGCCCUCAGGGGAUACCUGCUACAUAUCCGGGAGAGGCGGUGGAGGGUUACAUGAGGUGGUAUAGCAGAGUGUCACAUGUGUUCAUCAUCCCUGAGGAUAGGAGGGAGGAGCUUAGUGCCGUGUCUGCCAUACGUAGGGGUGUGGAGUUGUUGGAGCAGUCCCUGGAGGUGCCAGGUGCUCUUGCUCCAGGGACACAGCCCCGGAUCCUCACGGAGAGGGCGCUCGAUCUCUUUCGACGGAGUUCCUUCGUUGGUACCCAGGGAGUUGCCUUUUCUGCUAUUCGAGGAGCCGCAGCUGCGGGAGGCAGAGCUCGUGGAGGCAGAGCUCGUGGAGGCAGACCCCGUGGAGGCGGAGCUCGUGGAGGCAGAGCUCGUGGAGAGGGUGAUCCUGGAGAGGGUGUUCGUGGAGGUCGAGCUCGUGGACCCAGAGGUCGCAGGGGGCGGGGUCGGGGAGAGUUAUUUUAUUACACUUGUUAUGUGGGAUCCAUUAUUAUGUAUAUGUUAGGACUUUUUAUGUUAUGUUAUGACUCUUGCCUCGUUUUAUUUACAUGUGUUAUAUUUUUAGUCUUAAUAUUAUGACUCUUAUAAUGAAAAAAACAGAAACAACGACAACAUAUAAAUAAUUCAAAGCAUGUAGUAAUCCAUGACAAUAAGUUAAACGGUUACACAACCAAAUUAAACAUAAGCAACACCGAAAACAAAAUUAUUCCUCUGUGAUAUCGAUGAAGUCAUGGGGUCCGCAAUCUUUUGGGAAUACCUUCACUAGGUUGGGCAAUGUUAUAUUAAGAUAACAAACAGUUCCUCUAGGUGCAA